CGCAUUUUGGCAGCUUCGAGCCUGACUCGUCUAGCUUGAAAGAUCUUCAUGGGCUGGGCCUGGAUCACUUUGCAAUGGACAUUUGAACACGCCGAGCUAGGGCACAACAGCACAACAGGAUGCAAUACGCAUAUCGCAAUCACUGCGUUCGUGUACAUCGCGAGCUCCGUCCGCUUAGCACGUACAAGCACCGGUAGGAACCCCGGCCACUCGUGCCGGCACUUGCCUUAUAUGGAGCUCCUCGAAUUCUGAUACCGUGAUGGCUGGUCAGCCUGGUUCGCCCCUGCAUCGCUCAUCCAGUUUCAAGUCUGCCGGUAUCCCAGCACAAGGGCCAUUUGUUGUUUCUCCGAGUUCCCAAGCACGGUCAUUUGACGCAACGAAGAUGUAUCAACAUUCCGUGACGGCCUUGCGUGCAUACAUUCAAUUCCGUCGACGCAAGUUCGGGCUGGCCGGAGAGACCAGGGCAAGUUGCGGGGCCUCGAACCGAGGCGGUCUGUGCCCAUCCGGUGCCCUGUCGGCACACGCGAAUCUUUCCGAGAUGGGCUCUCUUGGUUUCGACUGGUGCCUACCGCGAACUGAAAGCGCCACAGCACAUGGCGAUCCAGAUAAGGUCUCACAUCUCAGACUUUGUUUUACCAUGAGAAAUGCACAUGCAGGGAGUCCCGCCUGCUCACCCAUGACCUCGCGCCAACAGCCCCGUUCGAGCCUCUUGCCGAGACCUGGCCACACCAAACCCAAAGUCUCUUUGAGGUUUCCUGCCGCAGGAAAACCGUGCAGCUGCUGCCAGAGUUUGCCACUCGGUAGAAGGCAUCCGCUUCAGAGCAACAAGCAUCAGGGCAGCAUCAGAAGAUCCUGGCGUCUUGGCUGCAGAGGUUGUCCGAGUUUGGCAGCCAGACCCUUGACGGCUCGGCGCACAUCAACACCACUCCCACAGCGGCCACUGAGAAGUGUUCUGCCAAAUUACUUUUGGUUUGCCCAGCCAUAACUAGCGCGCAACGAUGUUGCAUGGAAGUGUCCAUGCGAUCAACGUGCCUGGCGAAUUGAUUCCCAGUUGCGGUCUGGACUUUGUUGGCCAGUCUUCAUAUGUCUUUGAGCUCCCUGCAUGUCAUGCUGUGCGAUAGCUUGAAAUGGCAAACGUGCCCGUAAGCGGCAUCCUUCUCAAAUCUCGCUUUCUUCUUUCAACUUUAAUUCCACGCCUCUGCUUUGCCGCCGCCUGCUUCGGCUGCUCACUCACCCUCGACGCCAGCCUGCGGAGCUGACUGAGGUUUGGACAUUGGGUCCCUCCGAGCGCCAAAAGGCCCUACAUAUGCCCCAGGUCCAUAUUGUUCCCAGA